GGACCCCAUGACGGCCCAGGAGAGCCUGUGGAAGGCGCCAAGAGAGUUUCAAUACGGCCCAUGAGAGCGCCACUACAGUCCAAAAGAGAACCCAAAUAUCCGCACGCGAUGGAGAGUCUGCCAGUCGUGUUGGAGAGCUUGCCAGAUGCCAAGACGAGCGUGCCACCAGACGAGCUGGAGAAGCUGCCUGAAGCCGAGGUGAGCAUGCCAGACAAGACGGGAAUCCAGCCGGAGGCCAAGGGGAACCCGCCGGACGAGAUGGAGAACUUUGCCCGCGGCCACGGUGAGCAUGCCAGGCGACAUGGAGAGCUGGUCGGAGGCCGAGCCGAGCCUAUCGGACGAGAUGGGGCCUCCAGAAGGCCAAGGUGAGCAGGACAGACGGACGCGUUGGGGAGCGCUGGAGGUCGAGGUAACGUGCUGGACGAGAUGGAGAGCUUGCUGGAGACCAAGGUGAGCAUGACGGACACGAUGGAGAGCCUGCCGGAGGCCAAGAUGAGCAUGGCGGACGAGAUGGAAAGCCUGCCGGAGGCCAAGAUGAGCGUGCUGGACGAGAUGGAGAGCCUACCGGAGGGAAGGGUGAGCAUGCCAGACGAUCUGGAGAAUCGGUUGAAAUUGACGCAUAACCUGGCACGCUGGAUGCCAGGGGCACCACGCUGGGCGUCAUCGUGAGGGCGGGCCCGUCGCAAGCCGCCCGGAGCUUGAUAUACAUCACUGUGCUGGCCGAGGUCUAUGGCUGGAGCUCGAGCGGGCGUCGGUCCCAGACUGUCUGCAGCGGCUCGCGGGCCUCGCUGCGCGCUGCCAAAGGCUUGCUCUCUCGCAGCUGCGGACUGGCUGCAGGGCCGAGGGUGAGGUGCUUCUGCGCAGAGGCAUAGCCAUAGCCUGCGCCAUGGCGGCGCAGUUGCUGAGGGAGAAGGCGUCGUCGCGGGGCCUCCGCAGCAGCUGAGAAGGUGCUGGGCCACUGCCUGUUCAAGGACUUGCUUUACAUGCUUGGCGGGGCGGGCUGCUUGCCGCGCCCCUUGCGGCCGUGGCCGAGUGCCGCCCGACCGAGGGCGCGUGCCCUGCGCUGCACCUUCAGGGUGUUGCCGGCUUCCGCUGCUGCGCUGCUCGUCGGCGCGGCCCCCGCCGCAACCACCACUUUUAUUCGAAGGGAUUUCGACAUCUUCGAUGUCUUCGGGCCGCGGUCCUGAGGGGUUAGGGUCGCCCGUUUUUUCCAUAACAGGAAUUGGUCGUUUCCUGUGAUUGUUUUUCUCCUCCUACCCCCUCUCCUUCUUCCUCCAGUCCCGCGUUUACCUCCAGUCUGUCCUCUCCUGGCCCUCCCACCUCCAGAGUCACCAGGACUCAUUGGUUUAUUAGUGUUCUCUUGAGCAGGGCGCUGACUGGAUAUUGAGCCAGCGUCGCCAGUGGUAUUACUCGUACGUAGUGCCAGGGGCAGGGUGAUUCGCUGGGACACUGGGUGGGCGAAGAUGUUCGACCCAGGAGGCUCCGGAUUGCCCGCUCCUGCAUUCUCUCUCCCUCCGCCUCCCGUAUCACCUCGGAGGCAAAGGUAAGGUGCCAGCACGCUGAGCUUGCAGUCUCAUUGGCCAGGCCAGGGAUCCGCUUCGGGGAGCGCUUCACUCAC